UGCACCUACAUUUAGCAAAAACGGCAUACUAAGAACUGAUGUUUUUAUGAUUGCUUGUAUCACCAUCUUGAAAUUCGACCGGCAUCAAUGACAGCUAUCGUCAAACUAAUUCAAACACCCUGCAGUGUUAUGGUUGGAAUCGACAACGUUUACAGCGCAGCCAACCAAGGACUGGAUUUUGGGCCCAUUAACGGCCAGGCCAAUUAAAAUUGUGUCUCAACCCGUCGCGACAACAACGUUCUUGAGAAGUCUCAAGCAGUGAUGUUACUAUCCCAAGAUUAGAUAUGAGAUAAUCCUUAUAGAGGACAAUAAACUAAUGCAGAGAUAAAAUUCACUUAACAGAUUGUAAAAGUGUACAAGAUCUGGUUUCAAACGAACAGAAUUCGGCUUGAGAUACGUUUCUUUACGAUUAUGGCAAGGAAUUUCCAACGAGAUUCUUUCUCUUCGCUGCUAAUAUUAUAUAAUGAUACUGAUUUUGACUUUUUUUUAACCGUUUGAAGCUUGAAGAACCUCUAAAUAAUAUUUAAAACAGCAGCCUGUACCUCAAAGAAAACAGAACAUGUUUUCAUGUCAAAGAUCAGACGCUUAAAGGAUUUUAAGGGAAGAAUCUCUGUCUAUUCUGAGUAUUAUACGAAACCCACGAACAAACAGCAGAGUUACUGUUUAUUAAAGCAGUUAUCAUUGGACGUUUUUCAAAUCUUAUUGUUCAUAAUAAUCAUGUGAUUAUUUAUCUAAAGCUGACAGCAGGAUUACAUAAGCUCAAAGAACAAAGCAGAUAGUAACAUACAUCCUUGACGUAUUUGUAAGUUAUGCUAAUAAUCGCUAUUGUACAUUUUUCAUGCAAUUUGUAGGCGAUUUAAGAUUUGGGGCUCAAACAUGCUCUGAGUUCUCUUGCCGUAACAUUUUUGAAAGUUGGAGUUCUUAUGUCAGAAUUGACACAGCGCCUGCCUUGAAUUUUGAUUUCUGAUUUUUUCCAGUAAAUGUUUUUUUAAUAACGAGUAUGCGCUCUGAAAUGACUUCGCCGCUUGUGUAAUUAUAUUCGACUGAAACCUAAUAAUUCAUACGACAUAUUAACGCAGUUCUUCCAGUUUUAAAGAGAUUACUUUGAACUCAAUAAGAAAAAGUAUGAUACAGAAGCAAUUAUAUAGGUGUUUUAGUUUUACUCUGAGUAAUACUUGGUCUAAAUUGGCAACAUUGGUAAUCAAUACUUUCUAAUCUUAUCUGAAAUUAAUAUAAAACUUCAAGUCAUCCUCGAAAAACAAAGGCGUCAAUCUGCCAUUGAGUAGGCCAGUACUUUGUCAACUUUUCUCAUGAAAACAUUUAAUUAUAGUAGAUUCUCCACAGAAGGUAUUUGCAGCUCUUUCUAAAAAUUACAAGAUGACGAAUGGGACCAACAAUUUGUCCUGGUAUCAAAAGCCAGUCAAGGCAGAGACAUACAGAGUCAAUGAAUUUUGCUGCUGUCUCGGAAGUCUGAAGAGUGGAGCUUUAAUCAUCGGCGUGAUAUUCACGAUUCUGUCUCUCCUAGCAGUGUCGGUGAGUUUUUCGUAUCGUCCAAGCCUGGAAGAGAGUACGUCUGAAGCCACGCAUGGCCAAUACGGCUAUGAACUCGGAAUAUACGGGAUACACACGCUCAUAACGAUCGCAAAGGCGUCUUCCAUUUUGUGGCUGAUCGUCAACCUGGCAUUACUCUAUGGUACCAUAAAUGAGCAAGUCGAGUUUGUAACCCCAUGGGUUGUCUGGCAUCUUGUACUGCUGUUCCUUCAAGUGAUUAUCGCUGCUUGGUGCGGUGACAUUAUCACCAGUACUAUAAGUGCCUACGCUCUUGAGCUAGGUACUUUGAUUUUAACCGCCGUACUUAGCGAAGUGCUCCUGAUUUACUUCUUCAUCGUGGUGAACAGUUUUCGUCAAAAUCUCAAAACGGAGGCAACAGAAUAUACACGAUUAAAGUCAACAACUUCCUUGUAGAGCUCAGACAUUACCAGAAUAAUCAAUUCUUCUGUCCGGAUCUGGUGUAAAAUAAUGGAUAAAUAUCAACUGUCAACCUCUGCUUACUGCGUCAGUGUUAUUGAACUCCGUGUGAAGAGUAAGACGCUAGAGACAUCUUCCUCUAGACGUUUCAACUAUAUGUCAUUUAACAAACAAAUAUGGCUAAAAUAUAUGCAUUUCUCUGAAGGAAUCAUCAUACACUACCCAGUUUUAUGAAGAUCAAAGCCAUUUAUAAUGACUAAAAAAUGUUUCCAAUUGUCUAUAUGUGUACUGAUAAUGUAGCAGACGAGACUGAGGGACGAAAUUUGAGCUCUGCAUUGGCAUGCUCAAAUCCCAAUCACUAGAACACUCGUAUGUUAGUUUUCACAGUGUUAAAAAAAUUCCAGUAAUUAUAUUAUGCCAUUCUGAAAGUUGUAAUUCACUGUCUUAAUUAAAUAAAUUAUCGUAUCCUCA